AUGCGUCGUCCUGCUUCCCCGGCUUCUCCCCCUCACCUCCUGCUCUCUCCGUCCUCCUCCCCUCCCCCUGACCUGCGUGUCCUCUCUCGACUCCAGCUCUCCCCUCCCAAGACCAUCUUGGCCUCCCGCAUCGCUCGCUUCCUCCGAGGCCCCGCCUUCCGAUUCUCCCUCCCCAGCCUCCUCGCAAGACUCGCCAGAUCGUCCUUGAUCGCUGAGUGGCCCGCAGAGGCUCGCUUCCCUGACAUGACAGCUCGCUCCCAGAAGAAGUGGGUCAUCCGAGACUUCAAGCGCCUCGUCACCAGCAUCAUCUUCCUCAUCCAGCGCGCUGUCGUCCGGCGAGGCCUCCCACUGGACAAGGACGAGACGGUAGAGCAGUUCAACGUCCGAGUCCUCAUGGCCGCCUUCCUCGUCGUCAACCGACCCGGCAGCUGCUUCGAGAGCAUCGGCCACCUCGAGCAACAAGUGCAGCAUGCCGCCGCCGACCUCGUCACUACCUUGAGGCACAUCUGCUCGAGCAUUGAGAGCUCUCGCGCUCAGCCUCUGACACAGCAUGAUUGGAGCUCGUGGAGGCCCUUCCUCAAGCAGCUCAACGUCUACCUCGCUCGCUUCAAGGACUGGAAAGUCCCGGACGAGCACAAGCUCACCGAGCGCAUCAAGCAUGCGCUUCUCGCCCUCUACCGCGCGGAGUCGCACCUCAGCCCUGACGUCCAGGAGUACAUGCCUAUGAAGGAGGAGUUCCGAGCACAGAAGGCGAAGCUCCGAGCCAAGAUGCUACAGAUCGCAGGAGCCCAGGGGCUGGAGAGCUUCGACGAGGCGCUAAGACAGCAAGGCUUCACUGCGGUCGACGCGGAGCCGUCGGAGGAGACAGCAUCGUCCUCCUCGCAAGGGGCCGGGAGCAGCUCGAGGCCAGCAGAGCUACCGUCCUCGACGAAUGCGUCCGGGCUGUCUUCGCUGCCCGGCCGGAUGACCAACGAGCAGCUGGCGCACGAGCUGCUGCUGGAUCCCGCCUUCAAGCUCGACGAGCAGGGGGCAGGCUACCUCGACAACCCCGUGCUGUCCAAGGUGAGGGAGAGCUUCAAGGUGGCUUUCUGGGACAGCCUGGUAGACGACCUGAGGCUCACCCCGCCGUGCUACGUGCGAGUGCUCAAGGUGGUAGGGGAGGUGAGGGACGGGAUGAUCGACCUAUCGCCCAGCCGGAGCAAGGAGCUCAAGGAGAAGAUCGACACGGCCUACUGGCAAGAGCAGAUCGAGUCAGGGGCGCUGGACUGGUCGUCGUGUGUGUCGUUGAUCGAGGGGAUGCUGGGGAUCGCGAUGGAGAUGCAGGAGCCCUCGCGGAAGCAGGAGACGCAGGCAGGCUGGAAGGCUCUCGAGGAGGAGCUCCGAGCUGGCACGCCGGAGGACCAGCCGACGCUGUUCUGCAAGGCGCUGGAGUAUGUGCUGGGGCGGGUGAACGUCAUGAGAGUAGACGCGGCCAACGCCCGGCUACGGAACAUCGCUCACGUCAUUCAGAACCACGGGAUCGAGUACGAGCGAGCGCACAUGGACAAGAAGAUCAAAGCCAACCCAGCCUACCUCCAGCGCACGCCAGAGUGGAUCCGGGCGGUGGUAGAGAAGGAGGUAGGGAGGGGCCGGGCAGACCUGUCGAAGCUCGUGCAGGGCGAGGGCGCGGCGUACGAGCAGAUCCACACGGCUGCGGUCUUGAGCCUGAUCAUGGGGAGUGAGCCCGUCAAGACCGACGCUUGCCCGGAGACCCUGCAGCUGGACAUCAGCAGGCUACGCAAGUACCACGCGGACUUCCACUUCGACGUGCUGGCGGCGUGCAUGCUGGCGGUGGCGUCGCAGCGACUGAUGGCGACGAAGAAGGACCCGAAGGUGACGGAGCUGCUGGAGCACUUGAAGACGUCGCUCAACAGCUUCGAGGCGUCGCUUGUCGACAAGGAGGAGCGCGUCAAGGCAGCGACGUCGAGCUUCGAGGCCGAGCUGUCAGCGGCAGAGAAGGAGGUCAUCGCCUCUUGCCUGUCGCCCAGCCAGCCGUCAGCGUACUCGAGGGAGAUGCUGGAGAGGCUUCUUGAGGUGCCUGCGAUGGUCUUGGAGAAGAGCUACGGGCCGAUGGAGGAGCAGUGGCUGCGGCUGGUGUCAGCGGACGGGAGCAAGGUCGAGUCGGAUGUGCCGCAGUCGCCGUUUGUGAGGAACGUGUACGAGCGAGUUGUGAGGAACGCGAGGAGGGUGCGGAAGGUGAUCAGCUUGAACCGGAAGGUGCACUACGACAGGUACAACCAGAUUAUUACUUUCAGCACUGGAGCUUUGUCGAUCAGAGUUGGGGCUUGA